UGAAUGGCACCGAGAUUCCACCAAAAUACUUUCAGUUGCGAGCGGACCUCUGCACGGAGUGGAACAAAAUCUGAAGAGCAAAGAGUACAGUCCGCGGAAAACGUUCAAUUAAUAGAAGCAAGAAGCCACAUAUAUAAUCUAAUUAUUCUCGUAUAUACCCCACAUAUAUCUCGCCUGUGCAUAUACGAACCCCGUAUAUAUGUAUCAGUGAACAAAAAGUUGUUAUACAUAAAAUAAAUUGCGAAAGAAGAAACACCAUUAUCAACUAAAAAUAGUGACCGAUUCUCAAAGGAAUACAAAUUUUAAUAACGAAAGACCCCAAACGACGAGAACGAAUCAAUUAUACAAUUAUAACACUAUAAACUGUAGAACACACCAAAACGAGCAGACACGCGCACGCAUGUUCGCGUUAAGGGACUAAAGCACAUCAGAACCGUAACCGAUCGCAGGAUGACUUUCACCCGCCUCAAGACUCUCUCGCUGCUCGUGUGUGCUCUGCUGGCCCUGAGUUUUCCCGGACAUGUGAGUGGCGCAGGCAACAACAACAACAAGAAGGGCUCGCAGCCAGUGGCGCCUCCGGAGCCGGAGGCCGUCAUCGAGGAGGUCAAUGCCAAGCAGCUGGAGAAGCUCCUGGCCGACAAGGAUUACGUGGCCGUCUUCUGGUAUGCGCGAAGCUGCGUGACCUGUGAUAAGGUUUUAGCGGAACUCGAGAAAAUCGACGAUGACACCGACUCCUUCGGUGUGGACUUCGUGAAAAUCAACGACAAACGACUAGCCAAACAGUAUGGCAUCAAGAACUUCCCCGCCCUCACCUACUUCAGGGAGAAGGAGCCCAUCAUAUACGAUGGCGAUCUCAUGGACGAGGAAGGAGUGCUCGAUUUCCUCACCUCCUUGGAGGCCAUGGACUUGCCCGAUCGCAUCGAGGAGGUCAAUGCCAAGAUAUUGCAGAAGAUCAUCGAGGACACCGACUUCGUAGCCGUUCUGUUCUGUCCAGAUCAUGAAACAUGCCCGCCCCGGGUUAUGGACAAACAGCAAUGCCGCAAGUGCGCCAAGGCCUUGCAGGAGCUGGAGAAUAUCGACGACGAGGCUGACCAGCUGGGCAUCGGGUUUGUGAAGAUACACGACGAGGCCUUGGCCGACGAAUACAAUCUAGGCAACCUGCCAGCCUUGGUCUAUUACCGCCACCAGACUCCGAUCAUAUACGAAGGUGAACUUCAGCGGGAGGAGGACGUCUUGGAAUGGUUGGUGCAGAAUAAGUCGACGGGCGAUGAAGAUGAUGUGAUUGAAGACGUCACUUCGAAGACUCUGUCGACGCUGAUCAGCAAUAUCGACAACCUGGUUGUGCUGUUUUAUGAUCAUGGAAACGACGACUCGAUGACCGUGUUGGAGGAGCUAGAGCAAAUCGACGACGACUGCGACAAGCAUGGCAUUCAGUUUGUGAAAAUCGACGAUGCCAAGGCGGCAGCCGAUUACGGAAUCGAUUCGAUUCCGGCCAUUGUUUACUUUGAAAAAGAAAUUCCAAAUGUGUACGACGGCGAUCUCAUGGACGAGGAGCAGAUUCUGAAAUGGUUGUUGGGACAGUUGGAACGGGAUGAGAUCGAGGACGUCACCGACGAAAUGCUCGACACAAUGAUCAAAGAAGGACGCGUCAUUGCCGUGCUGUUCUACGACAACAACGACAAGAAGUCCCAGAAAGUACUCGAGGAGCUGGAGAACAUUGACGACGAGUGCGACGCAUUGGGCAUUACUUUCGUGAAGAUCGACAAUCCCGAGGAGGCCGUUGAAUAUGGCAUCAAUAAAGUUCCUAAACUGAUAUACUUUGAAAAAGGCAUUCCAACUAUUUACGAGGGCAAUCUGGAGGACGAGGAGAAGCUUCUGAAAUGGCUGACAGACCAAACGAGUUCCGAUCAAAUCGAGGACAUCACCGACGAAAUGUUGGACUUAAUCAUUGAGAAAAUGCCCCACGUUGCUGUUCUUUUCUACGACAAAGACCAAAAGAAAUCACAGAAAAUCCUCGCAGAGCUGGAAAACAUCGACGAUGAGUGCGAUCAGAACGAUAUUGCCUUUGUCAAGAUCGAUGAUGACAAGGAGGCCAAAGAAUGGGGUAUCGAUGAGAUACCAUCGAUUGUACUCUUUGAACGUGGAAUUCCACACAUCUACGAGGGUGAUCUGAUGAAAGAGGAUGAGCUGCUUGGCUGGUUGGUGCACCAGAAGCGCUAUUCCGAAAUUCCCGAGGUCACCGAUGAGAUGAAGGACAAGUUGGUCGAGAACACCGAGCACUUGGCGGUUAUAUUCUACGACAAGGACGAUAAGCAGGAUAUGCGCAUCCUGAACGAACUGGAGAACAUUGAUGACGAGCUGGAGAAGGAGGGAAUUGUCAUUGUCCGCAUUGAUAACGCCGCCGAGGCCAAGGAAUAUGGUCUCGAUCACUUGCCCGCCCUCAUCUACUUCGAGAACAAGAUCCCGGCCCUCUACGAAGGCGAUCUGAUGAACGAGGAUGAGGUGCUCGAGUGGCUUCUUGUCCAGAAAAAGACAGCUACUAUCGAGGAGGUUACCGACGAGAUCCUGGUCACUCUGAUCAACGAACACGAAUACGUCGUCGUCUUCUUCACGGGUCCCUGCGAGCCCGGAGAGACCUGUGAGCACACUCUGAACGCUCUGGAAAGCAUCGACGAUGAGUUGGAUGAGGCUGGCAUCAUUUUUGUUACCACUGAGGAUACCGGAAUCGCCAAGAAAUACAAUGUCAAGACCUAUCCACGCCUGGUGUUCUUCAGGAACCGUGAUCCACUUCACUUCACCGGAGAUCUGGACGACGAGGACGAGGUGUUGGCCUGGAUUACCGACGACGAGACCCUUGAAAUUCCCGGAAAAAUUGAGGAGGUCAAUGUGAAGAUGUUGGAUAAGAUCUUGGCUGAAAACGAUCACGUUGUCGUAUUCUUCUACGCCGAGGGCGAUAAGAAGGCCCAAAAGAUCCUUAACGAGCUGGAGAACAUCGAUGACGAAUGCGAGGAAAAAGACAUUGACUUUGUAAAGACAUCCGACGACGAUAUUGAUAAGGAGUACGACCUGCCCGGUCUGCCGGCACUUGCAUUUUAUAGACAUAAGUUUAGAACAAUUUACACCGGUGACCUGAUGAAGGAAGAGGAAAUUCUCGAGUGGGUUAUUGAUUUGCACGAGUCCACAGCUGAUGUCAUCGAAUCUGUCGAUCGUAAGACCCUGCAAGUUCUGAUCAACGAUGUUGAGCACCUGGCUGUGUUCUUCUAUGACGAUGAAUGCGAAUCGUGUUCGGACAUCUUGGAGGAGUUGGAGAACAUCGACGAUGACACCGACAAGCACGGAAUACAAUUUGUCAAGUCAAAUGAUGUUAAGCUGGCUCAUGAAAUUGGCAUUUUCGCGUUUCCAGCUUUGGUCUACUACGAGACCGGCGUCCCGAUUAUGUAUGAUGGUAAUCUCAAAAAUGAAAACCGUGUGCUGCAGUGGUUAGUCAAUCAAAAGAGCAAUGAUGACGGCGACAGUAAUGAAAAAAUUGUUAAAUUGCGCUAUCCCAAAGAAAGCGAUGAGGAUAAAAGAGAAAGAUUAAAGCGUCUGCAGAAUUCGAUUCGCAAUGAGAGAUUACAUAAAAAAAAACUAGAAACUGAUGAUGAUGAAAAUGGGGAUAACGAAGAUGAAACAGGGGAGAAAGAUACUGAUAGGGAUGACGAUGACGAGGAUGAUGAUGAUGAUAAUGAUGAUGAAAAUGGGGACGACGGGGAUGACGAAGAUGAUAAUAAUGAGGACGACGAGGAUGACGAAGAAGAUGAUAAUAACGGGAACGACGAGGACGAUGAUGACGAAGAUAAAGAUGACAAUAAUGAUGACGACGACGAGGAUGAUGAAGACGAUAAUAAAAUGGACGACGAGGAUAACGAAGAGGACAAUAAUGAGGACGAAGAUGAAGAUAAUGAUGGGGACGAAGAUGACAAUGAGGACGACAAGGAAGAGGAUGACGAAGAAGAUAAUAAUGAUGACGACGAAGAAGACAAUAAUAACGACGACGAAGAAGACAAUAAUAAUGACGACGAGGAUGACGAAGAAGAUAAUGAUGAUGAUGACGAGGAUGACGAAGAAGAUAAUAAUAAGGACGACGAAGAUGACGAAGAGGAUAAUAAUGAAGACGACAAGGACGAUGAGGAUGGCGACGAUGAAGAUGAGGACGAAAAUGACAACGAAGACAAUAACGGAGAUGACGAGGAUGAUGAGGACGGGGAUGACGGGGACGAGGAGGACGAUGACGAGGAGGACGGGGACGACGAUAACAAAAAAGACAAUGAUGACGAGGAUGAUGACGAAGACGGGGACGACCAGGAUAAGGAUGACGAGGACGCAACAGGGGAGGACGGUAAUGAGGACGACGAAGAUGAAGAAGAGGAUAUUAAAAGUAAACCAAAAUAUAGGCACACGGCCAAAGGUCGAACGAUACAUCGUCUUGCUGACCUUUGCUCAGGUCGGCUUAUAGAUGAAAUAGACUUGGGGAAGAGGAAUUCAAAUAGAAAUGCAUUUAACCAAGAUGACGAAUGUUUCUAUGUUGGAUUGGGUCAUGACGGCCAUUCAGCUAAGCGCGGCAACAAUUUCGUGCCCAACGAUUACAAACCAUUCCAAUGCUGUCCAACCAAAUUGGAGAAGUCAACGAAAGUUCCUAAGAUGACCGCCCAGCGGAUCGGGCAUAGCGAAGGCGACCAGGGCAAGCGUCCCAGCGGCGGCAACUUCCAGUUCGCCGGCCAGGCGUCCAGCAAAUCGUCCACCAAGCCGGCGGCCACCAAGAAGCAGGCCAAGCCCUCCAAGGACACCGAUGACGACGAUGAGGACGACGAGGACAAGCCCCUGGUGAAGGUUUCCUAUGCCAACAAGCGCUCGGGAGGAAGCAACAAGCCGCAGGCUGGCAAGAAGCCGGUAGGCAAGGGCCAGGACAACGACGACCAGUCGCAGGAGGUGGAGAAGGUAUCCAAGCAGAAGUCGGCGAAGAAGUCCGGCAAGCUGAAUGUCAAAUCCGGCAUUAAUUUUUUCCAAAAUCGACUAAAAAAUUUGUAUGAUAUCAUUUUUCAGGAUAUCUCUCUGUGGGAGUAAGGCAACAGUUUAACUGAAUGUGGAUAACCACAGACAGUUAGAUAGUGAUUGAUUGUAUGAUUGAAUGAUAUACCAUACUAAAGUAGCACGUAUACGCACUGUUGCCAACUGAUAGAACAAUUAUCAAACCACAACCAAUACCAAACCCAAAACCAAAACCAACUCAAACCUGUAUAGCCAGCCAAAGAACCUUCAAUGACAGGUUUCUAUAAUUAAAUGUACAUCAUCUGUGUGUGACUGCAAAAGACAACAACUAUGACAAGAACCAACUGAAAACUGAAUUCGCAGGCUGUGUGUCCUUGAAAUUGAGGUUUCCUCGCACUAACCCUGAACAGUCUGGCACAAAGCCAUUGACACAUCUUCUGUGCCAGAUCAGAACUUACUCCACGUUGUUCCACGUUAAGAAGAUCCACGAGUAGCAGAAUCACACGAAACCCGAAAUAAUGAUUAAUGAUCAAGAAAACCUACUAACCGAAACUUUGUUGAUAUUUUCGCUUUAACUUUCUUCAAGAGGGGCCGACCUGUGUAGGUCGAACCCAGGUCUAUAACUAACUAAACCACACAUUUGUUGCAUUUGCCAACGGAUUUCAACAAACUUUGUUCAAACUAAAAGCAAUUACUUCGACAAGCAACUAUAAAACUUCUGAGAACUUUCACUUGUAUAUUUAGUCAGCAAGCUUUGUUAUUAACAAAUUAAUGGGACAUUGUCUUUUGUCAAUAACGAACGCCUAAACUUUUUUGAUACUACUUCUUUUUGUCGCAAUAUACAAUUUACAUUUAUGUAGUUAGUCUAAUUUAAACAAGGGCCAAAGCAUAGCAAACGAACGAACAAACGCAUAAAAUAUUUUUUGAAACAAUUUACACCUGACAGUGCCCAACUGUUAGCUAAUUUAACUGAGACGUGUAACUAUGAGAGCCACAAACUGUUUGCAUAAUAACAACAUUAAGAACCAUAAUUUGUAACCACAACUUUUUAGAUAUGUUGCAGCAGCCUACAGGCCGUAUACUUAAUUUUGUUAUGGAAUCGAAAAUCCAAUAUUUCUCGCUGAACAUGGCCUCGCAUAUUGUAGCUCGCCAUUUUGUUUCAUUUGUUUUCUUCUGAGAGCGAUUUCUGUACCGCUCGCUGUUGUUUUGUUAUCGGUAUUUGAAAAAUAUCGAAUUAUAAAUCUUUAUCAUUAUGUUUUCUUAAGCUAAAGCCUACCAAUCUACACGCAAUUGUAACUAAAUCCAAUAUAUAUGUAAACAAAUUUUGUUGAACAGCAGCUGAUAAGUCAAGAUUUUCGAAAUGGAAAUUGUCAGAUCGUAAGAAUCAAACGCAAAUCGACAUAAAGCACUUUUGUAAACAUAGCUCCCGAAUGAAAUUGUAAGAAUAUUUAAUAAAAGCCAUCCAACUCAAUAAA